CGUAUUGACAAAUGAGCAUAGAAUCAAAUAACAUCAUUGUUGACACUUGGUUACGUACAGCGAAAAUAGACAACAAAACCACAUUGACACGGCAAAGCAACGGAUAUAAUGUUGCGUGUGUUUGCAAAUUAAUAACAUUUACCACUCCAUGGACCAAGUAAUGUCAACAAUGUAAAAUCGUGAAAACAAUGGCAGAAAAAUUUCCUGAGAAACUUUCGCUAAAAGCUUCGCGACUUCAUCGUUCAAUACGAGAAUCUUUUAAUGAGGAGGAUCGCGUUGCUUUAACAGACGUUUUGCGCAUUUAUCAUCAAAACAAAAAUAUACAACGACUCGUCGAAUCUCUGCGCUCUUUAUGUGUUACACAACAACAACGCGAGGAAAUUUACCCGCUGGUGAGAAAUUUUAUUCCCAGUAAACAUCGAGCACGAUUCGACUAUGAGUGUGUAAGACCAAAAUCUGUACAAAGUCACCGUUAUUCAACUUAUUCAAACAGACGUACGAUGAAGCAGCACAAUUAUGGACAUUCUACAACAAGAAGCUUACCAGUCGAUUACCAGAAUGUCUUACAAAAGACCAAUGGCAUGCCGCAACGUCGUUCACAUCUACGAAAACCGCCAAAAUCACAAGCGGAUACAAAGAAAGACCUGCACGCAAGAGUGGUUGUAUUGGAGCAAGAAAAUGAAAAUGGGAAUUUCGGCUUCUCAGUACGCGGUGGUAUUGAAUACAACAUAGGACUAUAUGUUUCCUCCGUUGACAUAGGGUCUGUUGCGCAUAACGCUGGCAUCUCCAUUGGAGAUCAAAUUUUGGAGGUGAACAACGUGGAUUUUCGACAAAUAUCCCAUCAAGAGGCAGUAGAGGUCAUAAGAAAUUCUUCCAUUCUUCAUAUGUUAGUCAAGUCAGAAGGAAAGAUUCCAAGUACUUUUCAAUCAAGCGAAUGUUACAGAUGGGUGGAUAUUAGGGGUAAUGAGGUAUCGCCACCACCAAAACAUGCAGCCAUACUCAAUGGGGACAAAAGCGAGAUGCGUUUAUUAGGUGCUGAUGACGAGAGAAAGGUCAACCUGUUUGUUGCUGAUGGAGCAGAAAUUGGACUGACAAUCAGAGGAGGCAUGGAGCAUGGUUUGGGAAUUUUUGUAGCUUCAGUUGAACAUCACUCUGGAGCUGAUAGGGCUGGGAUACAGGUCGGAGACCAAAUUCUAGAUGUAAAUGGGAAAAGUUUUGUGAAUAUUUCGCAUGAAGAAGCGGUAAGAGUGAUGAAAAGUUCACAGCAACUUGUUAUCAUGUUGAAAGAUGUCGGCAUUCUUCCUCAUGGAAAGCGAGUUUACGAUGAAACAAAAUGGAGGAGGGAAAAUACAGAAAAUAUAGAAAUAUCAAGGCCCUCUUCCUCAAAUUCAAGCGAAAUAAAAUCGCAGGGCAUGAAAAAAACUCCUUCAUUUCACGAACCAAUUGGAAGCUCACAGUUGACGCAUCAUUCUGUCGUUGAUCAUUGUGACGAAGUGCUGAAAAUGACUGCGCGACAGUUGUUAUCAAAUGAUGAACAAAAUGCGCUCACAUUCUAUCUUCAAGAAUACAGAUCGACGCGACUCUCGUUGAAAUCGUUUCUGGCAGUGUUGUAUGAUGUCGUAAAUUCACCUAAAAAAUAUUCUUUGUAUCCGGUGAUUCGUUCGUCAAUAUUACCACGUGAUAUACGGAAAUUUGAUGAAUGGACAGAAACAUUUGAAUCGUUAAAAAUGAAGACCAUUAACGACACCGAUUCAAGAAAUGACAGAUCAUCGCUAUAUUCUUAUAAAAGUACUGAUUCUUCACAGACCAUGGACUCUUGGCUUGGAUUAUUUGAAGACGGAAAGUUGCACACGAAUACAGAUUUCAAAUAUUCUGUUCAGCACAACACUAUCCCUCAACCGCCAAAGGAAUUCCUUGAAGACAACGACAUGAAAGAUAACAUAGCUUUGAUCCUCCUCCUCACCAAACAUUUGAUACAAUGGACGAAGUAAAUGGGAAAAAGACAGUCAAACUUUGUUUGGAAACAAAGGCUCUAAUAAAACAGCCGCGGAGGAUUAUCACUGUUCAUUGCCCGAAACUUCAUUCCACAGAUACGAUACUGAAUCAACUUAUCAUCAUGAAGAAAAUACGACUUCCUUGGACUGUAGUCUUCACUCCCAUUCACCAAAGUCAACUUUUGUGGAAGAAAAAGUGAAUAACGACGCAGAAGAACAGUAUACCAUUCCGCCUCCGAAAUCUGACAGAUUUUACGUAGAAAAAAGCGCAAAAAUUAUCGAUGAUAUGGUGGCCAAAGGACAAAAUAAAGGAACGAGUAAUUUUAAACAAUCUCGAAAGUUGAAACCAGUAAAAAACUCAACAUCAACCUUGACAGACAAGACUGGGAAAAAACACAAUUGCGGACAACCGUUCGUGGUGGAGCUAAUGAAGCACUCAAAUAAUCUUGGUUUAUCAGUGAAAGGCGGUAUGGACACGAAAAAUAAAGAAAUCAGAAUCAAAUCUAUCAAGGACGAAGAAACUGUUGCAGGCUCCUGUCCAUUACUAAAGCCCGGUCAAAUAAUUCUAGGAGUUGAUGACAAAUCACUGCAAAACGUUACAAGUGGCAUUGCGGCAAUGUCCAUAAGACAAGCUUUCAUAGUGAUAAGAAUAUCCUAAAACUUAUAUUGCUAGAUGAUACAUGAAAUAUAUAACUCCUAUUUCUGA